AUGCAGGCUCAUUUGCGUGCCGUUCUCGACGUCACCAACGCCAGUAUGGCAAUGAAUGGCGGAGAAACGGAGUCGAAACAGCUUCUGAACGGGAUCAGUUCGCGGCUACAGGACAUCGACACCAAACUCUCGUUUGUCGUCGAACUUUUGUCGAAUCGAGCCGGUCAACAAGCGGUCGAGAACGCGGCCCAAUCCCUGAACAUUCCAGUCAGUAAGGUCGUGGGGAAUCACCAGUUCGAAGGGAAUCAGAUGAACAUUGCCGCCGUUAUGAGCACGUUGAACAACUUGGCACAGGUGGGUUUGAGUUCAAAGUUGGAGUUAUUUACUGUGGUUUAAGUGUAGUUACUAUCUUUUUUAACGUAAGUAAGAUGUAUAAGUUUUUAAAGCUUUUAUUUGAUUAGUUGUGGAGAGCUUUUUUCCAUUUUUACUGUAUUGCGAGACAUUACGAAGGAACAGAUCAGUUAGCGCUAUUACCUUCCCAUAGUUAAGACAUAGUGUUUGGAAAGCAGUUUUAGUACGAGCAGUACUUAAAUCUUUUCCCUUUAAACGUCCUUAAUAACACGGAAAUACAUUUGGGGAGUUAAUUCACUAAUGGCAUCAGCACACGUUGUUAAUCUUUUGUCUGGACCCAAAGUGCACAACUUUUUAGGUUUGACCAAUUAUCGACCAGUAGGGUCAUGGUUGGAUCACUUGAACGCCAAGUGGCCAGGGGAGUGGCUAAUCCGGUUUUUUGUCAAAUUAUGAUUUUAUUACGAUUCUUUGGCUUAAAUUAUAGGAUUUUAGUACUACUUUAUGCCGAAACAGUACUCUUCACUUACUUUCUGAUCACCUCACUAUAGCGACAAAAGACCCUCUUUUAAAGCCUCACUAUACCCCUUGGUAUGUUUUCUAAGACCAGCUUCAUUCGUAAUGGCGAGCCAGUCUGUAACCUUUAAUCCCCCAAACCAAUUUAAUUAUUAUUUGCAAGAUUAAACACUUUGAGGAAUCCCACCUCCACCAUGACGAGCAGUAUAUUAUCUUGCAAUCAAACCAAUAGCGGAUUAGCAUAAUUAAUUAAACUCACAUCACUGUUAUCAGAUGAUGUUGUUCUUAGAAUUUUUUAUAUCAUAUCAUGUUAUGACGAUCGUUUUGUGAAAUUCAAGACAUGACAUUCUAUUGUGCACGUACAUGAUAAAACAGUACUGGGGAUUGGGCGUUGUUUGAAUGGGGAAUGUCUUCCUGUUUCCAAAUAGGUAUCAAUUGAGGAAAAUACUUGUUUAUGCUAGUAAGCUUACUGUAGAAGACCAAUGUUAAGAUGGGCAAUACUAAUAAUAUCAAAAAUCAAUAAGUUUGAGACCAACCAUCUAAACCCCAAUAAAUAAUGUCACAAUUUCAGAAUCAAUCCCCCAAGAUGACGUUCCCACCCAUGUUCAUCAAGAACGAGAACAGUCUGUUAGGAUCACCUCAGGAAGGCCAAAGCAGCGUGGCCCAAUCCCUCUUCGGCGACAAUCUAGCCUUCACCAACCUCUUGGCCGCCUGUCAGGAGCGACCCGCCCUCUGUAUGGCCUUGGCCAACAACAGUAUGGCCCAGAACCUUCAGACCAACAGUUCGUCUCCAGGCUCCACCGAUGCUCCAGCGGCUUCACCGUCGGCUUCGACACCGAAAGCCGAGAAUGGCGGGGUCAAGAGCGAAGAAGCGGCAUCGUACGGCGAAGGCAUGGAGGAAGACAACGAAUUUGACGAGUUCGACGAUGAACGAGAAUCUCCCACCAACGCCUCCAACAUCUCUGCCUUAGGACAUUUGUUACAGCAGUCGGCCAAAGAACAACAAGCCAACGGAGAAUGGCCGUCUGGAGCGGACAGUGCAGCAGCGAUGGCAGUGGAGAGCAAGUUCCCUGAGGGCGCAGUACGCAGAGCGGCCGAGAAGGCAGCACGGAGUUUCCAAAGCACACAACCAAAGGUGAGUACAGUUAACGGCUAUUAUAAUAUGAAAAGUUUUGUCAGAUUUAAAAUCUGGUACAGUUUUUUGCCCUUUAGUAUUAUUCUUUUGGGUUCCACAUAAACUUCAUUAACCUUCCUUAACAUUUUGAAAUUGUACCCAAAACUCGAAAACUUGGGAAAACACCAAAGUUAACAAGUUCAAAAGUUUGCGCUACCCCACGAUUACGGUAAUAAAAGGCAGCACUUGAGAGUUGUGUCUCAGGUAAUCGGAUCCCCGUUUCUCGGGCUUGAAAGCCUCGAGGCAAAGAAAACCCUGAAACCAUUUGGAAGCAGGGCCUGGGAACUUCUUCAGUUACUGAUCCCAAUCCCAUAUCUCUGAACCCCCCAAACAAUUACAGAAAUUCGAACCGCACGCGUAACAAAAGACGAAACCGAAACCUCGAAAUGAACUUCGAAAUCAGUUUCGAACGAAAUUUAAAUGCACUUUUAAAACAUUUUAUUUAAAAUUUUUUAAAAAAUCCAAAUGUAAGGUUUUGAAUCGAAAAAUUGGGCGCUAGGACAAAUGCGGUUUUUGGACAUUUGCGGAUCUGCGGUUUUUAGACACUUGCGGAUUUUGGACAUUUUCGGAUUUUUUAAAAGUUUUUUUUUUAUUUUUUAGUUAGUUUAGUUGUAGUAUGGUACUAAAUUGUACUAAAGUUUAAAUUGGUGAGGUUUUAACAUAACAGUACCUUUUUGGGCUUUUAUUACCAUUCAGUACCAAAAAAUAUAAAACAGUACCAAUUUAAAAUUUAGUACUAUUUAGCACUAAAACAUAUUAAAACAGUACCAAUUGAAACUUUAGUACCAUUUAGUACCAUAAUACAACUAAAUUAACUAAAAAAUAAAAAAAACCCCUUUAAAAAUCCGCAAAUGUCCAAAAACCGCAUUUGUCCUAGCGCCAAAAAUUGAAGUUUUGAUAUCUAAAAUAAAGUUAUUGUUGACAUUGCUUUUGUUCCAGGUCUUCGCAUGGCAGAUUCUGCGUGAAUCCAUUACGGACGAUGAGCUACGCAACAUUCAGAUCUCGCUACGGACGUUUCACGGUGAAAGUGCGCAACAUCUGUUGUCCAGGCAAUUGCCCAAGGUAAAAACGGCAAAAUCUCAUUUUUUUAACAUUAAACAUUUUUCAAAAUUCAAUUUAACUUUAAGUGACUAUCUUAUUUUUCAACAAAAACUUGUCCAUUUUCUUAAUUUUAUACCUAAAACAACAUUCUUUCAAGCCUAAAAUAACAUGUUUUUUAGGUUUUCCUGUCAAAACCUAACUUUUUGGUUUCAGAUCCGACUGGUCGUUGAAUCAACGAUGAGCUACUUCAAAUGGGAUCAGUUGAGCGACGAGAUGCAGCUGAGCAAAGCCAAGUUGUUGUUGUCGCAUCUCAAAAACAAUGCCAAAGUGAGGAAUUGGACGUUGAGAGAAGGUCGCCCUAACCGGUGAGUUCAAUAAUCUUGUUUACGAUACGUCAUUUCGAGAGUCUGUAUGUGUUUACAGUCUUAAUAGUAUUACUACAGUCUUAUCGGUGUAUUUUGAGAUAUACUGAUUAUGGUAUUAAAAUGGUAGUGGUUGAACUUACAGUCUUAGUGUUACUGCCGACUUGACUUCUAUAUCUAGACAGCUUUUAUAGUUCAACUUCUGUUUAUAGCUGUGGAAGACUGUUUACCUUAUUAAGAAGUAGAUAUCUAACCAAGUACUAUAUUAUAGUAGCUUUCUAUCCAAAAGAUUAAUUAAAAGUGCAUUUCCAAAUUUCAAAAUUCGAGUUUUUGGGAUCCAAAUUAAAGGGACAGUUCAGAAUCCCACAUCUAGUGAGCUGAGCGAAUUACAAGUCGGUCGCAGUUAUUUGUCGCUAAUAACCGUCGUAUGUUCGCGAAAAGACGUACGGUAGAGUAAAAAACCGGAGAGUGAAACUGCAAAAAAGACUUGACCGGACCAAUCAAAUUAGAAUACCACGACUUAAUGGGUCCGAUUCACUUUCUAAUCUGCUUAUUAUUGAGUUUGAACUACAAUGAGUGGAUUCGAAAGUAAUUACCACGCCCGACCUUCAGGCCAUUUCGGGGGAUUGCACUUUAGGGUUGAGUAAAGUUAUUCAAAUUUCAAGAUAUUAGGGUUACAGACGAGGUAAUUGAUUGUCUUUUAGUCUUGAGAUCAUAAUUUCGUCGUACAGUAUAUUAUAGGACUUUCUAAUGCUUAACUUAUAUCUAAAUCGACAUUCACUCUCUAUUCCAAUAUGAUAUCACAUAAAACAAACAACUACAUAACUAACUAAACUACCUUAUCUAAAUACUCAAAUUCCAGAACCCAAAACAAUCAGAACGCCGAGAACAUUUGGAAACGAUACGCCGCUCUACUUGGCCCAGGAGGCUUGGCCGCGGUCCAGUUGUUCGGCAAACAGCCGGGCCUAGCCACUAGUCCACCAACGACCCAGUCGGACUUUGGCAAGUCUUCUUAA